UUGUCAUUAAUCCCAUCGUAUUUUUAUUAUUUAUUUUUCACUAAACAUGUUUCAAGUUUUUAUUGUUGUCCUGUUGUUUGUUUGUUGUCAUGCAUAUGAUUAUAACGGACAGGUAGGCAGAGAUGAUUACGGCGGAUCUCACUCCGCCAUAUUAACCGGUGGCCUCUCAUCUCAUAUAAACAAACCAAUUGGUUUCGGACACCAAUCUCUACCUCUAUCUUCGGCUUUUGGAUUGGGAGGUCGUCUUCCGUUAGGUUCAUUUGCAUCACCUCAACCAAUACAUUCACAUCGAUCAGUAGAGGUGGCGCCCACCCAUUUUGAACCGGCACAUAUUGAACCGCAAGUAAUUGAAGUAGCAGGCGAUGACCAACCCGUUCAGGUGUUGUUUCGAUCGCAAGGCGCUAAAGUCCAUAUCCAACAACUCCAUACACCAACACGUGGAGGUCAAGUUGAGUCGACCCGAACUGAAGAGGAACCGCACACUGUUGUCCACGAAGUCGUUCGUCCAGUAAUACAACAUAUCAGAGAAAUUAUUCAACCAUAUCGUCGAGUGACACAAGAAGUCAGACCAGUUCUUGAAGAGAUACAUACAGUGGUAGCAAAAGGUGAAAGAGCACAACAGUUUGCUUCACCAGUAGGUACUGCACAAUAUGCUGCACCGGUUGCUGUUCCCAUUGCUCAACCAUAUGGUGCCGUUCACGGACUAACCGCCAACACUGGCUAUAAGUCUAGAAAAGCAUAA